AUCAACGUGGUCUCUCGUCCACUCUGGUUCCCUUUUCUGUUGCUCACCUCGGACGAUGACGCUGAUGGGUGCGUCUGUAUCUAGCCUUCGGAUGUGACGGGCGACGGGGACGCCUCGGGAAAGUGAGAGAACAAAUAGGUUCCGCGUCUCAACGCCGAGAAAUCGAUAUUGGUGCUUUGGCAGCUUCUCCUCUUGAAACCAAAGCGAGCGAGAGAGAGAGAGAGAGAGAGAGAGCGCGUGCGUGAUGAAGCGGUGCGUGAUUCUUGGUGGUUGUUAUUAACGGCGAUGGUAGUGUUGGUCGCGUGCGGUGGUUUUGGUUUCACCGAAGAGUGGUGAGGUGGUGGCGGUGCUCUUGGUUUGUUGCUUGCGAGAGAAGGCAGGGAUUGUACUCGUAACGAGAUUAUGCGCGUCGGAGGGUUAUGGUUGUUGAUUAGGGGCCUGAAGACGACGGGUGUGUGUGAGGACAAGGGGGUGGAGGUUUUAGUGAGGAUUCUUGGUUGCUCUGAGCUGAGUUUUGGAACCUUGGCCGAGAUGGCUUGACGGUUUCUGUUGUGUGCUUUUCCCGAGGGGAAUUGCAGUAGUUGCUCUUCCUCUAUCAGGGCGUCGUGAAUUGUUUACAGUUUCUUGGAUUGUGAAUAGUUUCUUGAGCUGCCACCAUCGAGGUUUUGAGGCAGUUUCUGGCCAGUAGGAAGAUUUUGCUCUCAGUUUGGAUAAGGAUUCGACGCGUGCGAGUGUCUUGAGCAGGUACUCCAGAAUCGAAGACUGCCUGAAAGUAACCGUUGAGAGGGUAGGACUUUGCUGAUAUAUUUGUGAAUUGAAAGACAAACCACGUCUUGAUCAUUAUUGCUUUCUACAUUUACCGAACUUGAAGAAUCACUGGGUAUAUUUUGAUGCGCACAACAACAUAAAUUGCUCGUGGGAGCUAUGCGUUUGUCGUCCUCUUGAUUCUCCCUGAAACUGAACAAUCACAGGUCUGGGAAAACUGUAUAUCUGCAAGCCUCUGUUCUCUGAGUAAGCCGAGCUUGAAUAUGAGCUCGGCGUUGUAGCAAAUCCGGUGGACCAAUUGACACUGCACCAAACUAGCUUCGAAUUGAAGCAGAGAUUAAUUAUGGAGAGAUACAACGAUCUCGAGAAGCCUCUAAUUGGGAAGGAGGAUCCCAGUGUUGUGGUCACCGGUUAUGCAACAGCCAAUAUAUGGACCAGAGUUACGUUCUCAUGGCUGAAUCCCUUGCUUAGAGAAGGCGCAAGUCGGAGGCUGGAGAUUGACGAUGUACCUACUCUUGCAGAACGACACAAAGCCACAAGGCUUUAUGAGUUGUUCGUCUCGAAUUGGCCUAAAGAGGAAGUCCCCAAUUCUACUAGACGAACGUUAUUUACGACGUUUUGGUGGCCCUUAAUCGUAAGUGGUGUUUUGCUUUUACUGAAACUUUCGGUCACCUACGUCGGUCCCUUAUUACUUCAAAGUUUCGUAGACUAUACUGCCGGCGUUCAGCGAUUCCCAUAUGAAGGUUACGUCCUCGUUCUUUUGUUGAUCUUGGCCAAGUCGACGGAAGUUCUCUCCACCCACAUGUACCAAUUUACAUGCAAUAAAUUGGGAAUGCAAGUUAGAUCAUCCUUGAUCAGUAUGAUUUACAGGAAAGGACUGCGGCUUUCGAGCGGUGCGAGACAAAGUCAUGGGGUUGGCCAAAUUGUGAACUACAUGAGUGUAGAUGCACAGCAACUCUCUGACGUUUGCCUCCAAUUUCAUAACAUGUGGUUUGUGCCAGCCCAACUCGUUAUUGCAACGGUGAUCCUGUGGAAACUAGUUGGAGUACCGACAAUUGCUGGACUGUCAGUUAUGGCACUCACGGCGUUUUCGAAUGUUUUUAUUGCCCGGUUUCAGAAGUAUUUCCAAACAGGAAUUAUGAAGGGUCGUGAUUCGCGAAUGAAGGUUUUCAACGAGGCCCUCAGCAAUAUGAAGGUCAUAAAGCUACAAGGUUGGGAGGGACAAUUUCUCAAGAAUGUAGAAAAUGCAAGACAAAAGGAAUACAUGUGGCUAUGUCGAUACAUGUAUACUACUGUAUUGGCCAUCUUCAUUGUAUGGUUUACCCCAUUAGCCGCGACCGUAGCAGUUUUCGCUGCUUGUACCUUCCUCGGAAAUGGCAUUGCUCCCGGUUCGGCAUUCACCAUUAUUGCUACAAUUCGCAUCACACAGGAGCCAUUGCGGCUCUUUCCUAACACCCUUGUCGCAAUCUCACAGGCAAUUGUAUCACUGGAGCGGUUGGAUAAAUAUCUGUGGAGUACUGAGCUUGAAAAGGGGGCAAUUGUGAAGCUGCCUUUUAGCGCUACAGCUCCUGCAGUUAAGGCGAACCAAGCCUCCUUCACGUGGGUUCCAGAGGCGGAGGAGGUAACCUUGACAAAUAUUAAUCUGGAGAUUCCUCGGGGAGCUCUUGUAACUGUUGUCGGCAAAGUGGGCUCCGGAAAGUCAUCGCUCCUUGCCUCCUUGCUUGGAGAAAUGCCGAAGCUCUCUGGAGAGGUUGAGGUAAGGGGGACCACGGCUUAUGUUGCUCAGUCAGCAUGGAUUCAGAAUGGAACCAUAGAGAGUAACAUCCUAUUUGGCCGUCCAAUGGACCGUUCUAAGUACAUGGACAUACUCCAUAAGUGCGCACUUGAGCAAGACUUAGCCCAGAUGGAAUUUGGUGACCAGACGGAGAUUGGGGAGAGAGGCAUUAAUAUGAGUGGUGGACAGAAGCAGAGAAUUCAACUUGCGCGAGCGCUUUAUCAAGAAUGUGAUGUGUAUCUCCUUGAUGAUAUAUUUAGCGCAGUUGACGCUCAUACAGGUUCCCACAUUUUCCGGAAAUGUAUACUGGAGGGAUUAGUUGGAAAGACUGUCAUCCUCGUCACUCACCAGAUUGAGUUCCUUCAUGCCGCGAAUACUAUUCUGGUGAUGCGUGAGGGAAGUAUAGUGCAAUCAGGCCAGUUUCAAGAGCUUCUAUCCACAGGUUUGGAUUUUGAGUCAUUGGUUGAAGCCCACAAUAAGUCACUUGACGCGGUGUCGACAAGCAAUGAAGGUGCUCAUCCUGACGGAGACAAGAUCCCCAUGCCGGACAAUCAAUUCUUGAAAUCACCGUCAAGGACCUUAUCUAAAUCAGUCUCUGGGAAAACGGGAUCUGCUGGACCAGAGUCGCCGACGACCUUGGAAAAGGACAUUUUAAGCAAAAGUAGACGAAGCUUCUCCGACCGGCAGGAUUGGUUGGAACCUACGUCUUUUUCAAGAUCUGUCAGCACAAAUGACGGUAUGAAAUUCGCCCUCGAAACAACUUCGAAACUGAUUGAGGAGGAGGAAAGGUCCAGUGGUCGAGUGAGCCUGGGAGUUUAUCGACUUUAUCUCACGGCUGCCUGGGGGGGUGCCAUCGCGGUAGCGCUUCUUUUCAUUCAAUGUAUUUGGCAAGGUCUUCUGUUAGCUGGGGAUUACUGGGUAGCGUACGAAACGGGAACUAGCACGAAGCAGUUUAAUCCAAACAGGUUCAUAUCGAUUUAUGCGAUACUUGCUCUUGCAUGCGCCUUAUGCACUCUAGUUCGCGCGAUCCUUGUUGCAUAUAUGAGCCUUACAACUUCGCAAGAUUUCUACCUUAGAAUGCUUCGGGGUGUGUUUCGUGCUCCUAUGGCUUUCUUUGACACUACACCUACGGGAAGGAUCCUCAGUCGCGCAUCAACGGAUCAGGCAACUAUGGAUGUGAUGCUACCCCUAUUCUUUGGCGCUGCUCUGGCAGUGUGCUUUGCUGGAGCUGGAAUACUUGUGGUUGUCAUUCAAGUCACUCCGCUUAUACUCGUUCUCAUCGCCCCUUUGGCCGUUUUGUACUACCGGUACCAGGCCUACUUUAUUGCGUCAUCACGAGAGUUAACCCGAUUGGAUGCAGUGACAAAGGCUCCCGUGAUUCAUCAUUUUUCGGAGACUAUAUCAGGUUUUGUGACUAUCCGAUGCUUCGGACAAGAAGCACGGUUUGUGGAGACGAACGUUGACAGGGUUAACUCUAACCUGCGCAUGGACUUUCAUAAUGCUGGCGCCAAUGAGUGGAUAGGUUUCCGUCUUGAGAUGAUAGGGGCAGUGGUCCUUUGCAGUUCCGCCUUACUCCUUGUAACCUUGUCUCCCAACUACGUCCAACCAGAGUUGGUGGGGCUGUCCUUAUCAUAUGGUCUUCAGCUGAACACAACUUUAUUCAUCGGAGUAUGGCUAGCAUGUUUAUUGGAGAAUAAAAUGGUUGCCAUGGAGCGCAUCUCCCAUUAUCUGAGUCUCCCUUGUGAAGCCCCUGAGAUCGUUGAGCACAAGAGGCCGGCUAAGAAUUGGCCCAACAAAGGCACCAUAUCCUUAGAAAAUCUAAAGCUGAGAUAUCGGCCCAACACCCCGCUCGUUUUGAAAGGCAUAACUCUGAUCAUCGAAGGCGGCACCAAGGUUGGAGUGGUUGGCCGGACUGGAAGUGGAAAGAGUACAUUGGUCCUUGCACUCUUUCGAUUGGUGGAGGCAUCUGGUGGGCGAAUCUUGAUUGACGGAGUGGAUAUCAGUGAAAUUGGAUUAAAUGACUUACGAACUCGGCUAUCUAUUAUUCCCCAGGACCCGACCCUCUUCGACGGAACUAUUCGAACUAACCUUGAUCCAAAAGGCCAAUACUCAGAUCUCGAAAUUUGGGAGGCCCUUCGGAAGUGCCAGCUCGCAGACAUCAUUGAAAAUUUAGAUCUUAAGCUUGAAUCUCCAGUACUGGAGAAUGGUGAGAACUGGAGCGUGGGUCAGCGACAACUCUUUUGUUUGGGGCGAGCUCUUCUGAAGAGGAGUCGUGUUCUCGUUCUAGAUGAGGCAACUGCAUCUGUAGACACUCGUACUGAUGCCCUUAUUCAACAAACAGUCCGUGAAGAAUUUGACUCAUGCACCGUCAUCAGCAUUGCCCACCGCAUCCCAAGUGUCAUGGAUUGUGACAAGGUUGUUGUCCUUGAGAAAGGUAUUGUUAAGGAGUAUGACAAACCAUCCAAACUAAUGGAGCGGCAGCCAGAGUCUUUAUUUGCUUCAUUAGUGCACGAAUAUCAAGCUCGCUCCAACAGCACAAUUGAUCUUAGAUCACUUGAAGCUUAAAACUUGGAAGUGACACUCUUGAUACUCGACGAGGUAUCUUAAAGCUGGUCAAGCGGUGGGAUCAGAAUUGAUCCAAGAUCACACAAAGCGUGAGCUUCCAAGAGCAUGCUCAUUUUUAUUUGAGAGCUCCAUCUUUCAAGAUUCAACUAGUAUGGCAGCUCAAUCAGGUUUGUGCGAAAUAUGAAGCAAAAGUAGGUACAAGUCUCGUUGUUCCUCUGUCAGUUCCUUUGAGUAUCAUAUUCAAGCAGAGAUGUGCCCUUUGAGAAGGAAGCAGGUCCUUCCAAUAUCUAUAUCUUCAAUUACACAAGAUUAUCGAAAAAAUGAAUGGAUGGCUCUUCUACUCACUACUACACCAUUCAGUUAUUGUUUGUAUAGAAGAAAAACUAGAUUUGGAUUCAAAUUAUGAUGAAAACGGUCUUAAAAAUUUAAUGAAGUUAAUUUUGAAAAUAUAUUCAUGCAGAACCCUCGAGAAAUAAGAACUUAGAACAACUGUUUGAACGGUGGAUUGAGUGGUGAUAGUGUAUUAUUGUUGUGAAAAAAGUCUGUUUUUGUAAACAGGUUGUAAAAAUUGACUUUUGGAGGCUC